AUGUCGCUGAUACAACGCAAAGUUACCGAACUAUUGUCUGCUGGUAACAAAUCAGAAAAACUGAUCAUCAUCAUAAUGAAAGAUGAUUUCAACAAUAUGAACAAUAUCCCUUCUUCUCCUUGUUCAUUGCCAUCGUCCGUUCAAGUUUUUGCAACCAAAGACUAUUCCGAAAACGAGAAAAAUCUUCUCCUGAGAUUCUUGAUGAAGACUCCCCUCUACGAAUUGGAACACGAGCUGAACAUAUUUCUUAUAAGGCCUGCCUUAUCGAAUAUGACUACACUUGUAUUCAGCUGGAAAUCCACUACCAAUCUUGUUCAACAUUACCGACGUAUAUUCCAAGCUAUUCUGCAACAACUUUGUAAGGAGGUGGCCAAAAAGUGGAUCAAGAUUUUGGAACCUAACAAACAAGCAAAAUACCCUUAUAAAGGAUUUAAUGCUUCCAAACCUUUCUGGUGGCCAGAGAAUAUAGAUCAUACUGAACCAGACCAUUUAGAUAAAUAUGGAAGGAUCAGUUUACUAGUUUCAAUAAUCAGAAACCGGUCUUUAUCUUUAACAGAAUUAAAAAAUAAAGUACAAUAUCUUCACAGUACUCAAAAGUAUCUUCGAAACUUAUUGGACGAAUUGUUUUAUGUGGCAGCAUAUGAUAGGAUAUUUUACAACCCAGAAAGAAACGAUGACCCCCUCUUCCAAUACUUGAGUUCAGAAGAACAAGGUGUGAUAUCUUGUGCCAAAACUUUCAAAAUAGCAAUAAGCGAUCUUAUCACGACCAAAGGUGGUACGGCAACUCGCUUGGGGAUUGUAAUGGUGAGCCAAAUAGACGACUGCAUGCUUAACAGAAAGGUGUUUAAAAUAAAUGAAGUUGAGAAGAAGAAACCUUGUAAGCCAACAAGAAAGAGAACAAGAUCUGUUUUAGCAUUGAAGAUUAAAGAGGAAGAGGAAGAAGAAAAUUAUAAAGAAGCAGAUGGUACUUAUAAAAGUUGUAAUCAGGAAGUGGUACUUAAAGAUAAAAAGGAGCACCCGAUAAAGGUCAGAAGAACCUCCUCGUUGACUACCUCCAAAAUUCCCAAAAGUUUAGAUAGUCAGUAUACUAAUUCACAAGAAGAUGACUACCAUAACCAUUACAGUCCACAAACUAGUCCAUCUUCAGCUGUUGAUUCCAUGUGUUGCAAUAAACCAACCCUGCCUUCCCUAAAACAUAACCAUAUUGGAAUAAAUGAUUCAGGAUAUGGGCUUCAAUUAAUUCUCAGAUCAAACACCCCAACUUCUCCAUCACCAGGAUUAAAACACAUUCAUAUAACUACAACUGAAUUUGAUGAUGCAAGCCAGGAAGAAACAGACCGAGGCUUAUUCAAGUUUCAAAGCUAUGAUUCUGAUUGUACUCUUCCAAAUGUUGAUUCGCCCAAUUACAUCGUGGCACAGGAAAUCUUGACUCAUAAUCUGAGCUCACCACCCCCCUCUGUCUUACACUCAUGGCACUAUGACUGCGACUCAUCAUCUGAAGAUGUAUAUCCAGAAAUUCCCUAUGAAGGAGGUGAAAUGUCGGCUAUACAUUCAUGA